CCCCACUUUGUGCACGUUCAAACUGAAUGGAAUGUUCCACUUAGGUCGUUCCGCGUGACUGGGGGAGUGAAUUUGGCGCUACCUAUUAAUAGAAUGGGAUACCCCAUUAGUCUGCAAGAUAAGUGUUUGCCCAGUCUGUGAAACUGAUUAGUUUGCGAAAAAUGGCGGCAGGGAGAGCAUAUCUCCUGGUUGUGCCGAUUUUAUUAUUUUAUCAAAAAAUUACAAAUGGGGAAGUUUUAACCCCUCCCUACUUUAACCUCGCCCAGGAAAGGAGGAUAUAUGCCAGUUCUACGUGUGGGGAGGAGGGACAGGAGUUGUACUGUCGUCUGACAGGGGCCAGUUCAGAGAAUGGGUUCGCUGACCCUUACAGGGAAAUAAUCCAGGGACAGUAUUGUGACGUGUGUGACCCCAGCAUCCGCGAGCAUCGCCACCCCCCGGAGUAUGCUAUCGACGGGACAGAGCGAUGGUGGCAGAGCCCGCCCCUGUCCCGGGGGAUGGAAUAUAACCAAGUCAACCUCACCAUCGACCUAGGACAGGAAUUCCAUGUUGCCUAUGUGUUCAUUAAGAUGGCUAACUCCCCGCGCCCGGGGGUCUGGGCUCUGGAGAGGUCUACAGACUUUGGCCAGUCCUGGCGAGCCUGGCAGUAUUUUGCGGACACACCCAGUGACUGUAUGAAGUUUUUCGGAGUACCUGCUGACCAAGAAAUCUAUUCUGAUGAUGCUGUCAUCUGCUCCACGGAAUUCUCCAAGAUCGUUCCUCUGGAAAAUGGAGAGAUUGUGGUGUCCCUUAUAAACAACCGUCCUAAUGCCCAGAACUUCACCUACGCCAACCAGCUACAACAAUGGACGAAGGCGACCAACGUCCGACUCAAGCUGCUGAGGACUAAGACAUUACUGGGGCAUUUAAUGGCUGUAGCUAGACAGGACCCCACCGUCACUCGCAGGUAUUUCUACAGUAUAAAGGAUAUUUCCAUCGGGGGUAGAUGUGUGUGUAAUGGCCAUGCCAACACGUGUGAUAGGAGUGACUCCAGCAACCCUAACCUACUGGUGUGUGCCUGCCAGCACAAUACGUGCGGAAACCAGUGCGACUCCUGCUGCCCUGGGUUUGUACAGAAGAAAUGGAAACCUGCCCGGGCUGACAAAAUCUUCAUGUGUGAACCUUGCCAGUGUUACGGCCAUUCUACGGAGUGUGUCUAUGACGAGGAAGUAGAUCGCCUCGGUCUUAGUGUUGACACGUACGGUAACUACGAGGGAGGCGGAGUCUGUCAGAACUGUCAGCAUAAUACAUACGGUGUGAACUGUGAUAAAUGUGUAGCUGGCUAUUACAGACCUUAUGGUGUGGCAAAGAAUGACACAAAUGCUUGUAGACCCUGUCAAUGUGACCUGAAUGUGUCCACUGGUGAGUGUGAGGAGGGGUCAGGACGAUGUCUUUGUCGAGUGGAGUACACCGGCCUCAACUGUGACAGAUGUGCCCCUGGGUAUGAGGGCUACCCCACUUGUGUCCCCUGUCAGUGUCACAUGAACGGUACAGAGGGCGCUGUCUGCUCCGUGGAUGGCCUCCCUUGUCCUUGUAAGGAGAAUUACGCUGGAAACCGCUGUGACAUGUGUGCCUCUGGAUACUACAACUUCCCAGAAUGCACUCCCUGUCAGUGUGAUAUGACCAAUGGAGGCUCCACUGACAAUAACUGUGAUGUGGAGACUGGGCAAUGUACCUGUCAAUCAAACUUUGCCGGCAAGGAGUGCAACCAGUGUGCCCAUGGCUACUACAAUUACCCAGCAUGCACUGUGUGUGACUGUGACCCCUCGGGAACCUCUGAGGAGAUCUGUGACAAACAGACCGGUCAGUGUUUGUGUAAGGAGAGCUUCCAGUACCCUCGCU